CCUGACACUCCAGAGACCAUUGAGCUGGAAAUCAAGGUCAACAGCAACUCCAAAGAGGGCCUGAUCCUGUGGCAGGGAGUGGAGUCAGUUAAUGGCGCUAGCCAUUUCCGCAAGAUGCAUGCUAGUAAAAAGGUAUCCACCUCACCAAAACACCUGGAACUUGGAGAUCAAGGCAAGGGCAAGGACUUUAUCAGUCUUGGUCUGCAAAACGGACACUUUGUCUUCAGCUACCAGCUGGGCAGUGGUGAGUCUCAGAUCCAGUCCAGAGAGCCCAUCAACGAUGGCAGAUGGCACAAGGUCACUGCUGUGAGAACUGGUAAACAGGGAUAUAUUCAGAUAGACGGAGGAGCCAUUCAACAAGGACAAUCACAAGGCAAAAGCAUCAUGGUGAACACCAAAGGCAACGUAUACCUGG